UUUGGAAACCCAAGAUCGUCAUCCCAAUUUCCGACCAUCUACACUCCGAUCAAACCCUUACCCAACAUCACCCUCUCCUCCCUUACUCCUUCUCCACAACUAUAAUUUCCGAUUCAUACUCAACCCUUUUUCCAUCGUCGAAUUCUCCACCAAAAUUUGGACAUGUUCCUUCUGCCUCCACUGCAAUCACUUUCCUCACCAAUACCAAUCCAAUUCCGAUGAUAACCUCCCGAUGAAGCUCUCUCUAUCUCAUACAAAUACACAAACUGUCGACUUGUUUUCAUCAAAUCCUCUCCGUAGAAUCAAUUGAGAAAACCGGAGGUGACUGGAAAGAAAAGCAAGUAAUAAACACACACACACACACACAACUUAUACGCACACAUCAUCAGAGCCGAAGAAACCCAGGAAUGACUUGUCGGAAUCAGCCACCAGAUUUAAAACCCAAGAAUGCCUCGUCGGAAUCUCUAAUGGGUUUUCAAACCUGUAAAAACAACCCAGAUCUAAAACUGGAGAUAAAGGAAAUCUAUUUGGAUAAAGGUUGUUGUAAUCUCUGGACCAAGUGUCUGAUUAAAACAAGCAUAUAUUAGGGAUAGAAAUAGAGAUCGACGUUGUCGAUCCUCACGGCGGUCUAUGUGAGCCGUCGCCGCCCCCAAGAAAGAAUGGAUCCUUGUGGUUUUGAUUCACUGGACCACCUCAUCUUCCGUGUAAUUUGAUUUGUGGUUUGAUCCCAUCUCAUGACCAUCGAACCCUUGACCUCGUCUAUGUGGUUCUGCAUCACUGUGUUUAAUUAACACUAAACCCAAAUCUUGAAAAUCUUUGAGAAUCCCCUGAAUCAUUGAGCUUAAUCCAAUGGAAAGCGACAUGAAUCUGGAUGAGCUCAGAAACCUGCAACACCAUGAAUGAUAGGUCCUUGAAGAAACAAAUUCGGAUCUUGGAGUGUUAACUUUUCGAGCUAGAUGUGCAGGCGAGGAUGUGUUUGGUCAUGUAAGGAAGGAUUGAGAGGUUGGAAAUGGCGUAAUAAGGAAUGACAAAAAUGGUGGUUUCUAGUGUUGACAUGAAGAGGUCAAAUGAGAUGCGUAUGAAGGUGGCUAUGAAGUUGAAUCCAUUUGAUCGAUGAUCAGAACAUUUAACUCUAGAUAAAUCCAAGUUGACACAAAGAGGUCUUCUGUUCAACAUUAUAUAAUUUUUGAAUAGGAACGAAUAAUGAAGGUUAAGUACGGAGAUCAACGUGGUUGAUUCAAGUUCACAAACGAAGGUGAAGGUAGAGUUGUGCAUCAAAAUCAGAUACAGUUAUUACUACUUGAUCAUCAAAUCAUUAAAAUGGCUGCGUUGAAUCUAAGCUGCUAUUAUCAUCUCUUUCACUCUCUUUCUCACUCCCCACCACCACGGAAUGUCGCCUCUGUUUCCAUUCUUCAUGGUCGUAAUAACAUCUCUCUCUCCCCAAUGCCUUUAACAUUUCAUCGGCAAAAGCUUCACAACAACCUCUUGGUUCUAGCGACAACAAUGUCUACUAGUGUGCGAGACGAUCUUCCGCCUGCUCUUGAUUCUACUUCAGAACCACCUCCAGUCUUUGAUGGAACAACUAGGCUGUAUGUAUCUUACACUUGCCCGUAUGCCCAACGCGUGUGGAUUACCCGGAAUUGCAAGGGAUUGCAGGAAAAGAUUAAAUUAGUUCCUAUUGAUCUACAUAACAGACCAGAUUGGUACAAGGAGAAAGUUUACCCACCAAACAAGGUGCCUGCUUUAGAACACAAGAAUGAAGUAAAGGGAGAGAGUCUUGAUCUCAUUAAAUAUAUCAACACCAAUUUCGAAGGACCUUCACUCUAUCCUGAUGAUCCUCUUAAAAAAGAAUUUGGAGAUGAGUUGCUAUCAUACACUGAUACAUUCAAUAAAUCUGUGACCACCUCUUUCAAGGGAGAUGGGGUUGAUGAAGCUGCUGCUGGUUUUGAUUAUAUUGAGAAUGCUCUUUCCAAGUUUGAUGAUGGACCAUUCUUUCUAGGUCAGUUGAGCCUGGUGGAUAUAGCUUAUGCUCCAUUUAUCGAAAGAUUUCAGCCAUAUCUGCUAGAUGUGAAAAAUUAUGAUAUUAAGGUGGGUAGGCCAAAACUUGCAGCAUGGAUUGAGGAAAUGAACAAAAAUGAGGAUUUCAACCAAACAAGACGUGAUCCAAAGGAACUUGUAGAGAGCUACAAGAAACGUUUUUUGUCUCCCAAACAAGGUUAAAGAUCAAACCACAGAAGAAGACAGGAGCUUGCUGCAGAUUGAUUGCACCAGAAACAUUGCAGGAACUCAAAAAAAAAAUUAAUGUUACUUUUUAUAUGAAAGGAAGAAUAAUUUGUUCAAGAAAUAACAUGUAAUGAGGGGAUUUGGUAAAAUCUGAUUUUUAAGAUUGACCAACUUGUUAUCUGGUUGGUUAUAUGUCCAUAUACAUAUACGACUACUUAUAUCCAUUAUGCAUAUAUAACAA